GUCCACAAUUUGCCAAGAGGUCACCACCUGAAAGGAGUCUUCCUGCAGUUGGGAACUUCGUCACUUCUACUACUACUGAUAUCUCCCAGACACAACAACGGCCCAAUAGGCAUGAAAAUAGAAGCUCUCAAUUAAAUCAUGCUGCAUUCGAGACAGGAUCCAGAAGAUUUAUGCCGCCUUCUCGAAUAAAUUCUGAUUCCGUGACAUAUAAACCGCAUACAUCCACUUCGAGUGAAACUAUACGGAAUGUUCCUCAGUUUACCCCGCAAAAACGAGUUCCAAUGGGUCCACCUCCUUUGCCCAAAAAAGUGGAAUGGCACUCUGCUUCAGCUUUGGAUCCUGAAUCCUACAAAUCUCUAGUAUCAUCUUCAAAUGCAAUUGUACAUACACUAGGGACCCUUUUGGAAACCGAAGGAUACAAGCGUUCUGUUCAAAGAAGCGACCCCUUUGGUGUCACAGCCGCUAGUGUGAAAGCGCUCCGUGACAACUUACAAGGGGAAAACCCCUUGAAUAAAGCAUCAAAAGGAAGCUAUUUGAAUGUAAAUAGAGACACUGCGGAUCAAUCAGCCUCCAAAUCUCCAAGGACGUUCGUAUAUAUCUCCGCAGAAGAUGUCUUUCGCCCUGCUAUCCCGUCUGGAUACAUUAGCUCAAAGCGAGAGGCAGAAAAGGCGUUGAUGGAGCUGUGCUCCCAGGCCACCCCUCCAGUACGAAGUAUAUCAAUUAGACCUACUCCAAUAGCCACUGCGCUCGAAGUGAUGGGAGGUAUUCAUUCUACCCUAGGAGUAUUAUCACCUAUUUCUAUUCUAUCUAAUAUUACAAAGCCGCAUAAGUCGAACGGACAGGAGAACGAACAACUCGAUGGCCAUAUACAAUCAAUUGAAAGAGCGGCUACGAUACCCCCUAUACAUGUGGACCACGUCGGAGAGGCAGUUUGUGAGGCCAUAGCUAGAGAAGAGGUUAGUGGUCCUGUCGGUGUCCGAGAGAUGCGCAAGCUCUUGGGAUGGGCUGAUGGUGCGGAGACUGGAGACAGUUCGUUUGCAAACUCAUAG